UUUUUCAGUUUUUGACAUAUUGUGAAAAUGCCUGUUGCUCUUUACAUUGUGGGAAAUUUCAUGAUAACUGGACCACAAGAAAUGACCCAGAAUUACUUGGAAAAAAGUCUGAUUCCACUGACUUAAAUGAAAGUAAAGUAUGUUUUUUCCUUCUCCUGUAAAGUUACCAUUUUGGAGAAACAAGGUCUUGUUCCGACAACAGCGAAUUGUAGAUGCCGAAUAACUGCAAAAUAAAUAAUAUUGCACACUGAAAAUAAUGCAAUUAUCAGUUUACUGUAAAAAAAAAAACCAGUGCUAAAUGUGUCACUUAAUGAGGAUACUUCAGCAUUUAUAGGUAUAUGACUAUUGAUAAAUUACUUGAUCUUUUAUAGUACUACUACUACUACUACUACUAAUAAUAAUAAUAAUAAUAAUAAUAGUAAUAAUAAUAAUAAUAAAAAUAAUAAUAAUAUUAACUCAUUUUAUGCCCUAAAAUGCAUCUCAGUGUUUUAUGCAGAAAGACCAAAUAAAACAAGCAUAACCUAGGAACAGAAAAUAAUAAAAGAAAAUAAAAAGGUAAUAAUUAAAUUAAAAGAAAAUUAACAACACAAUACCAAAUGAUAAUGUACAUAAAAUCUCGAGAAAAGCUAAAAGAGAAAAAUGUUUAAACUCUUUUUUAAAAGCAUUCUAGUACAUUUAUAAUGGCUCUGAGUGAUUAAUUUUGAGCAUAAAACAUAAAAUGUACUUAUUUGAUUAAGAUGUCAAAGUUAUUUUGGUCAUUUGUUCUAAUUAAAUAUUUUAAUUCUCUGAAAUCUCAGUCUGUGUUUACAUCUUUCAGUGUUGUUCUUGCCCUUAGUCUCUGCCUCGCCUUCUGAUUGGCUGCUGAGCUCCCCACACUCCCCGCCUCGACUCCUGAUUGGCUGCUGUGUCCCGCACGGCGUGUUUGCGCUAUCUCGGUGAGGGUGGAGCUGAAAUGGUCCUCAGGCGGCGGCGGAGUUAGGUGAAGGCGCGCUGCUGGUCAGAAUGUCGGUGCUGUACUCGGUGAUGGCGGGGCUGGCGGUUCUGCUGCUGCUGCUCCGCCGCUGGUUUCCGUACCUGCUGCACGACUUCAUUUACUUGCUGAAGGGGGUUCGAGUGGCGUGUCGGCUCAGGCGGUUCGGGGGUUCGGUUCCCUGCUACACGGUGCUGGACUGUUUUCUGGACGCUGUUCAGAAGCAGCCCGAGAAGAAGUUCAUCAUCUUCGAGGGUCAGAGUUACUCCUACCGGGAUGCGGACAAGAUCAGUAAUAAAGUGGCCCAGGCUCUGCUCCGGCAGGGGGGCCUCAGGGAGGGGGACACGGUGGCUCUCUUCCUCGGAAAUGAGCCGCUCUUAGUUUGGAUCUGGCUCGGAGUGUCCAAACUGGGCUGCACGGUGUCCUUCCUGAACCACAACAUCAGAUCUAAAUCUCUGCUGCACUGCUUCUCCUGCUGCGGAGCCAAAGCCCUGAUCGCUGGAGCAGAUCUGCAUGCGGCGGUGGAGGAGGUGUUGCCCAUGCUGAAGGAGCAGCAGGUGAUGGUGUUGUUGUUGGCAGAGCACUGUGAUACGGAUGGGAUCGUGUGUUUUAGUGAGAAAAUCAAUGUUGCAAGUGACGAACAGCCACCGAUCUCUCUGCGCUCCAAAGUGACCAUGAAAAGCCCUGCACUGUACAUCUACACAUCAGGCACUACAGGUUUUCCGAAGGCAGCUGUGAUCAACCAUGAGAGAGUUUGGAUGGCGUCCCACCUCCAGUUCAUGUCCGGGGUUUCCUCUAAUGAUAUCAUCUACAUCUGCCUGCCGCUUUACCACAGCUCAGGAUUCCUCAUGGGCCUCACCGGGGCAAUAGAGAGGGGUAUCACGGUGAUGCUAAAGAGAAAGUUCUCAGCAUCUAAGUUCUGGGACGACUGCAGGAAUCACAAUGUGACGGUUAUCCAGUAUAUCGGAGAGACCAUGCGCUACCUCUGUAAAACACCCAAGACGGACCGUGAUCGAGUUCACAGUGUACGGCUGGCAUUUGGGAACGGUAUCCGUGGCGACACGUGGAUGGAGUUACUGCAGCGGUUCGGAAACAUGCGUGUCAGCGAGUGUUACGGAGCCACGGAGGGAAACAUCGGCUUCGUUAACUAUGUCGGCAAAAUCGGCGCCACAGGACGUGUGAACAUGUUCCUAAAAAGAGUCUUAUCCUACGCUCUGAUUAAAUACGACACUGAGAAGGAGGAGCCAGUACGAAACUCCAGGGGAUUCUGUGAAGAGGUUCCUACAGGGGAGACAGGCCUGCUCGUGGCUAAGAUCACUAAAGUGGCUCCAUUUAGUGGCUAUGCUAACAAUCAGCAGCAGACGGACAGAAAGAAGCUGAGGAAUGUGUUUGUGGAGGGAGACCUGUACUUCAACAGCGGAGACCUGCUGAAGGCUGACGGACAGGGCUUCCUUUACUUUCAGGACCGCAUCGGAGACACGUUCAGGUGGAAAGGCGAGAAUGUUGCUACCUCGGAAGUUACUGACGUUUUAAUUUCAGUGGAUUUCAUCGAGGAGGCUAACGUCUACGGAGUCAAAGUGCCAGGUCACGAGGGCCGGAUUGGAAUGGCUGCAGUUAAGCUGAAGGAGGGGCGGAUCUUUGACGGUUCUGCAUUGUUUGAGCAAGUGCAGAGUCUCCUGCCCGCAUACGCCCGGCCACGCUUUAUCAGGAUACAGGCAGCGCUUGAUGUCACCGGCACUUUUAAACAGAUCAAGGUGAGGCUGGCCGAGGAGGGAUUCAACCCAAACACCAUCCGGGACCCGCUGUACUUCAUGGAGGACAGGAAGAGAACAUACGUCCCCUUGACUGAGGAAAUCAUCAACUCCAUCACUGCUGGACGAUUGAGAUUAUAGCGCACACACUUUCGGACUCAGCGACGCUCCAGGAACGACAGCCUCAAUUUUUGUUCUUUUAGGGAGAAAUGAUUAUAACAGCCUAACACUGUCAGGGUUAUUAAAGUUUUCACAUUUUCAUUAUUUUUCAUUUUUAUUUAGUUUUUCAUUUUGGUUUUUGAUUGCAGUUUAGUUUCUGUUAGUUUUGAGGGUGCAUUAGUUUUCAGUUUUAGUUUUUAGUAUUUUGAUGACUACGAUGAGGUGUUUCGCUGCUGUCAGAACAAAACUUCAAAAUGGUAACUUUACAGGAGAAGAAAGAAACAUAGUUUAUUUUUAAUGCAAGUCAGUGGAACCAGAAUUUUUUCCAAGUCAGUUUGGGUCAUUUCUUUUGGUCCAUUCAUCAUAAAAUCUACACACAAUAUAAAGAACUACAGGCAUUUUCAAAUUAUGUCAAAAACAUAGGGAUGGUUGGAAGCGUAGCCCCUGGCGAUUAUGGAGUGGUGUUGGUGUCGUGGGUGUGGUACUUU